AUGGCGCUGAGAGUGUUGUCUCCCGCUCCCUCUUCGUCUCAAUCAAAGCUCUCCACCUUCCUCUACAACUUGAGGUUGGCCUCAAGACCAAGCUCUCUUUUCCAGAGGCUGCAAAGGCCCGUCGUGUUUCCUCGGCGGCGGAUUAUGGCGGCGACGCCGACGGCGUGUGUGAAACUGGAGGACAAGAGUGUUCCAGAGACCGGAAGCGAGUGGGGAAAGGUGUCUGCAGUGUUGUUCGACAUGGACGGAGUGCUCUGCAACAGCGAAGAGCCUUCGAGGAUGGCCGCCGUCGAUGUGUUUGCUGAAAUGGGAGUCGAAGUCACCGUCGAGGACUUCGUGCCGUUCAUGGGCACUGGUGAAGCAAACUUUUUAGGAGGUGUAGCUUCUGUAAAGGGUGUUGAAGGAUUCAACCCUGAGUCAGCAAAGAAAAGGUUUUUUGAGAUAUAUCUAGAUAAGUAUGCAAAACCAAAUUCUGGAAUAGGAUUUCCUGGUGCCCUUGAACUCAUUAUUGAGUGUAAAAACAAGGGGCUCAAAGUUGCUGUUGCGUCUAGCGCAGAUCGUAUCAAAGUUGAUGCAAAUUUAGCAGCUGCAGGUUUGCCAUUGUCAAUGAACGUUGAAGUCUUUAACCUUGUGGGUCUACAUGAUUAA